AUGUCGACGUCUAUCCUGCACGCAGCCAGGCACCCUCGCGAGGCUGGUCCCGCUGUACCCGUCUGGGUCUCCAGGCCGGCCUGCCAGCAUCCCCAGGAUGCCUUGAACGCGCUCUCUAUCUUCCCUGCAUACCGCACAAGCGGAUCUAAUUUAAAUAUUCUUUGCCGGGAGCAAGGGGUUCGCCCAGCUCUUUGGGCUCGAACCCGUGGAAGGGAGGAGCGUGAAGGCGCGGGUCGGACUCCGCGCCUCCAAAGAGGACACCAUGCAUUCGUCCAUCCAUCCAUCCAUCCAUCCAUCCAUCCAUCCAUCCAUCCAUCCAUCCAUCCAUCCAUCCAUCCAUCCAUCCAUCCAUCCAUCCAUCCCGCCACUGAUCCUCAGCGAGGCGCAAACGCGCCCCCUGCAGGCGGCGCGCGGCCGCGAGCGUCGGGACCGGAACGAAAACCGUCCUACGGAACGCGAGGCGCGUGCUCCGAGUUUCCGGGGAGGAGGGCAGGAGAGGAGCUGCGCGAGGCGGUCCCUUCGGCAGCGGAGGCGGCAAUGGCCGCGCGGGCCUGGGGGCUGCGCCUCGGGCGGGCCGCCCCCGGUGGCGGGCUUGGCUGGAGAUCGAUAGCGGCAUCCCCAGCGUCUCGCCUGUCACCGGCAGAACUGAUAGAAAUGCGGAAUGACCUCUUUAAUAAAGAGAAAACCAGGCAGUUAUCGUUAACUCCUCGGACUGAGAAGAUCGAAGUCAAGCACGUUGGGAAAACGGACCCUGGCACCGUCUUUGUGAUGAACAAAAACGUUUCCACGCCUUACAGUUGUGCUAUGCAUUUAAGUGAGUGGUACUGCAGGAAGUCCAUCCUGGCUCUUGUGGACGGACAGCCUUGGGACAUGUAUAAGCCUUUGACCAAAUCCUGUGAAAUUGAAUUUCUUACUUUCAAAGAUCGUGAUCCAGGAGAAGUGAAUAAGGCUUAUUGGCGUUCUUGUGCCAUGAUGAUGGGCUGUGUGAUAGAGAGGGCAUUCAAAGAUGAAUAUGUGGUCAGUUUGAUCAGAGCUCCAGAAGUUCCUGUAAUCUGUGGAGCCUUCUGCUAUGAUGUAGUUCUGGAUAAGAGACUUGAUGAGUGGAUGCCAACAAAAGAGAACCUACGUUCCCUCACAAAAGAUGCUCGUGCUUUAAUUUAUAAAGAUCUUCCAUUUGAAACUCUGGAAGUGGAAGCAAAAGUGGCAUUAGAAAUAUUUCAGCACAACAAGUACAAAAUGGAUUUCAUAGAAGAGAAGGCAUCUCAGAACCCUGAGAGAAUAGUUAAGCUACACAGAUUUGGUGACUUCAUUGAUGUGAGUGAGGGUCCUCUCAUUCCAAGAACUAGUAUUUGUUUCCAGUAUGAAGUAUCAGCAGUUCAUAAUCUUCAAGCCAACCAGUUGAAUCUUGUACGAAGAUUCCAGGGUCUGUCUUUACCUGUACACUUAAGAGCACAUUUUACUAUAUGGCAUAAACUAUUGGAAAGAUCUCGGAAAAUGGUAACUGAAGAUCAAACUAAACCUACAGAGGAAAGUGCAUCGACCUAGUGACUUCCUAAAAUUUAAAUAUGUAUAGUAAAUUAAAAUAAAAGUUUUCUAUGAAAUA